UUUCCAUUUUUAAUUUACAUCUCACGCCGACUUGCAUUAUUUUAACUUGUUUUCAUUUUGAGUGCUACUGAUACACACUGUUGGCACACAGGAGGAACAAGUCAGUGUGGUCUGCUAAGAAAGCACUGAAGGUAAAAUCUGAUGUAGUAUUCCGCAUGUUGUUCAGACCGCGAUCGUUGUUCAGUGGAGUGAGCUUUUUAUCAAUAUUUAUUGCUGCACAGCAGCUGAAAACUACUGAUCUGGAAGCUGGAUCCAGAAGGCCAACUUGUGCCAAAUGACUGAGCUAGAGACUGAAGUGAGCACGCGGAGCAAGAUUAGAAUUUCCCUUAAAUUAGAAGGCUGCUUCUGCUCUUCUAAAUAGGUUAGAGCUCGAUUCAGUGUCUGAACUGAAUUCACCAUACUGCAAGCUUGAGUCUUUCUCAGUCUUGCCUUCAGCUUGUUGUUAUUUGCAGCUGAACAGGUGAUUUUUAGAAAAACUUCCAGGUGCAAACUUAAUCUGAAGGCCUUGUCCCAGGUGUUGCAUUGAUUUACACUUCUGUACAGUUUGGGUUUUGCCUUGAAAAUACUGCUGAGGGAAAACUUUGGUUUUCAUCUUUUCUUAGUGUUGGAUCUGAGCCUUAUUGUGUGGAAAGUGAGUUGCUGGUUCUGGGUAUUCUGGAGUGAGGCAGACUGGGAGAGUGGUGCACUGUGAGAGCUGGGGAAGUGCAAGAAAGCAUAUUUAAGGAUAUACAGGGCUGAAGGGCUUUAACUGGCAGAAGCCAGGUGAAGACCAAAGUCUGGUGAAGAUGGCUGAAAAUGGAGAUGGUGAAAACAUGUCUAUUUUGGAAAGCAAAAUCUGUCAGCAAAUUGAGUACUAUUUUGGCAAUCACAAUCUACCAAGAGACAAGUUCCUAAAGGAACAGAUCAAACUAGAUGAUGGCUGGGUACCUUUAGAAGUAAUGAUCAAAUUCAACAGGUUAAGUCGCCUUUCAAAAGAUUUCAGUGUUAUUGUAGAAGCACUAAGAAAAUCCAAGACUGGUUUAAUGGAAAUAAAUGAAGACAAAACUAAAAUCAGAAGAUCUCCAAACAAACCACUUCCUGAAUUAAAUGACCAGUAUAAGGCUGCAAUUAAAAACAGAUCUGUAUAUGUUAAAGGCUUUCCACUAGAUGCAACUCUUGAUGAUAUCAAAGAAUGGCUUGAGGAUAAAGGUCCAGUUGAAAACAUUCAAAUGAGGAGAACAUUGCAGAGAACGUUCAAGGGCUCAAUAUUUGCAGUUUUUGAUAGUGUUGAAUCUGCUAAGAAGUUCACAGAGAUCCCAAACCAAAAGUACAAAGACACAGAGCUGAUAAUACUUUUCAAGGAGGAGUAUUGUACAAAGAAGAAUGAAGAAAGGAGACAAAACAAAGUAGAAGCUAAAGCAAGAGCUAAACAGGAAAAAGAAGAAAAACAGAAACAAGCAGCAGAUGCUGAAAUGAAGUCUCUGGAAGACACGACAGGAUGCCUUUUGAAGUUUUCUGGUGAUCUAGAUGAUCAGACAUGCAGAGAAGAUCUCCAUGAUGUGUUCUCUGAUCAUGGAGAAAUCAAAUGGAUACAUUUUGUCAGAGGUGCAAAGGAGGGAAUUAUCCUAUUUAAGGAAGUUGCAAAAGAAGCUCUGGAAAAAGCCAAAGCAGCACAUAAUGGAAACUUACAGCUUCGGAACAAGGAUGUGACAUGGGAAGUGCUAGAAGGAGAUGCAGAGAAAGAUGCUCUGAAAAAAAUAUUGGAAGAUCAGCAAGAAUUGCUGAAACAGAAAACAAAAGGACGAAAAAUUAAAGGAAAAGGAAGAGGGGGAAAGAUGCCUCAAGGUUCACACAAAGGAAAAGUACAGUUUCAGGGCAAGAAAAUAAAGUUUGAAAAUGAAGAAGGUGGUGAAAAUGAUAAUACUAAACCAGAACCAGCAAGUCCCAAGAAACGACCACUAGAGGAAAUGGAAAAAGAAGAACCUGCACCAAAACAACUGAAAACAGAAAAUGGAGAUGGAGAUCAGUAAUACUAAAAUUUUUAAAAAAUAUCAUUUUAUUGUUCCAUUUUCAGUAGGUGUUAAAGACAUGCCUCAGUUCAGGAGUUUCUUGGCAGAAAAUCUAAUGAAAUCCACUUCAAUGUCAACCUACAAUGAGAGGAAAGCUUCAUUUUGUUGGGUUACAGCCUUUUUUUUUUUUU